CUAGCAGAGCUUUUAUUCUCCACCUUCUCCGUCAUCGAUUCCGUUUAUCUCAUCCGCCGUUGAUCAUGUCCUCCGAUCCUAAUUGCACUGUUUACAUCGGUAAUUUGGAUGAGAGAGUAACCGAUAGGGUCUUAUACGAUAUCCUUAUUCAAGCUGGACGGGUAGUUGAUUUACACAUUCCACGGGAUAAAGAAACUGAUAAACCGAAAGGUUUCGCAUUUGCGGAAUAUGAAACUGAGGAAAUUGCAGAUUAUGCUGUGAGGCUUUUUACCGGCCUUGUUACCCUUUACAAUCGAACCUUGAGAUUUGGAAUCUCCGGACAAGACAAGGCCACCCCGAACCUGCAAGCAACAUCUAAUUCUCCUUUUAGAUCAAGGCACCAUGAAGAUGCGGAAACAAUCCCUUUGUCACGGUAUGCAAACGUUUCGCGCGGUGUAAAUAAAUCACAUGUGGACCAUGAAAAUCAUGACCAUCGAAGAGGUUUUGGGACAAAAUGGGAUGGUAUUAUUCAUUCUAGGUCAAGAUUGGAAGGAGAGGAAGCUUGAGGUGCUUUUAUAACUAAGUUUUUAUCGAUAAACAUCGCCGGUCCAACAUUUGUGUAAUGCCAAUUGGAGGCAACAAUUUUGAACUAUUUACUUAUAAAUGAAUCGAUUUUGGUUGUGGUUUAUUGUUAAAACGCCACAUAAAACGUUAGGUAGAAGGGAAAUUGGUCGAACAUAUUGCAAAUGACCGAAAGUUGUUUCUAAUGCUACAUCAUGUUAAAUUGUUUUAGUUCAAGAAACUAAGGGGCAA